ACGUCAACAAUCAAGAAGGAAAAACCAAUAGUUUUGCUGCAUCUUAAUGAAGUAUGCACCAAAAGAAUGUAUUAUUUUCGUAAAUUCAAUUCAUCUCCUACAGAAACCUCAUUACGUGGAGACGCUCAAGCACGUUCACCGAGUGUUCGAGCGCUUUGGUUACGAGGUGACGCACAAUAUCGACGCUGAUUGGGACGUCCUGUGGGCGCAUGAUUCUCCCUUUGUCACAGCCAAAGCACUUACGGAAAUACAGCCUCAUCGAAGGGUGAAUAAAAUACCUGGAAAUGGACAUCUCGUCAUAAAAGCAGAAUUCGUCAAGUCCGGAGCUAUAAAUAUUCCACCGGCUUUUCGAUUGCCUGAAGACAAGGAUAAAUUUCUAAAAUAUGUUGAGGAAAAUCCAACUGCUAAAUUCGUUGAGAAAAAUAAAUAUCACCGAGAGAUUUACCUAAAAGCUGUGAAGGAUAUAGAUUUUGACUCUGAUCAAAAAUUUGUCCAAAAAUUCAUUGAAAAACCGUUACUCAUUGACGGAAGAAAGUUUGAAUUUGGAGUCUACUUGGUAAUCACUUCGAUUCACCCCCUUCGUGCCUAUCGAAUAAAGGAAGACAUGAUAAUUCGGUACACCAAAAUCCCUUAUUAUCCUUUCAACGAGUCAAACGUGUCCCAGUACGUAAUAAAAGAGGACUCGCUACAAUACUGGGAAUCUCCCACGAUGCAGAAGUUUUUAAAUCAUUCUUACUCGAUCCAAGAGUCUUUUGACGCAACGUUAAAGUCAGUGGGUGCUGAUCCUGAUCGUGUUUGGGAGCAAGUCGACAAGUCGAUAGUAUCUGUUUUGCUCGCGCAAGAAAGUAAUAUUUUCUCUUCGGCAAAAUAUUAUCAAAACAUUCGCAACUUCUUUGAGCUUUAUCGCUUCGAUUAUAUAAUGGACGAGGAUUACAAACUCUACGCCUUGGAGGCCAACAUGUCUCCUAAUCUGUCUUCUGCAAAAAAUCCACGCAACGCGAUAAUUUAUGAGCAGGUCUUGAAUAAUUUGUUUAAAUUAGUUGGCCUCCAAUCGUACGUUGAUCUGCCUCAUGAAAACUCGAAUAUUACGCAAAGCAUGGUGGCUCACAAAAGAAAUAUCAUGGUGUUUCCCGACGUUUGUUUGUACUGCAACGACUGCAGCGAGUUUGAGUGUAAACUUUGUGCAACUUGUCUAAAUGAGGACCUGGCUCUUGAUCUGCAGAUGGCCUACAGGGAGUACCUGUCCAAGUCCAGGGCCUCGAGGGUUUUCCCUCCAAGAAUGACGCAAGAGGAGGCUAGACGAGGUAUUCCAGCUGAGCUGAAAGGCACUUCAGCGACGAGCAAGUUGAUUUAUGGCUGGUUCCAAGGAAAAUGUUUGCUAGACGUGUCAUGGUGCUAAACUAACGUGUUUGUCAAAUAACAAUUAAUUGAGCAAACGAAAUUUAUGU